AGACAGCUGUUUGUCAAGUUCAGUCUGACAUGUUAAUUUUGCUUUGUUUAUAAAAUUAUAGUCUGUUAAUGAAUUCUUAUCAAUGUUGAUUGUAAAAAAACUAAUGUGAAUAAUAAUAAUGGAUAACAAACCCUCGUUGAGUCAAUACUUUAGCAGUACCGAGGUACCGCCUGCAUCUCAAUUUUUCGAUGAAAUCGGAACAUCGCCAUCGGAGAUGAUUCAAAGUGUUUAUUUAGGAGAAAACGAAGCCAAUACAACUAAGACACCGAAUGUUUUCUCACAAAAUGUGACUACAUCUUUUGCUCAAACUAAAGUGACACAGGAGUUAACUUUUGGAAAUGUUUUGCCAACUGUUAGUGGAUCUACAUCUAUUCCUGCUACCAGUCUACCUGAUCCCUCAACAUUCUUCGAUACUAUCGGGCCGGAACCCCAAUUGGGAUCCAGUAAGAGUGCUAUAGCAGCUCCACCAGCUUUAAUAACUGAAGCAAUAGAUGGGUUGAGUAUUAAGAACCAACCUGUAGACAAGGAAGCUGACAGACGCAGAGAUGCUUGGAUACCCAGCGAAGAAGCUGCAAAAACUUUGUUAAAGGCCCAAUCAUCACCCGCAGGAUCAUUCUUUCCUGAAAGAGAUGUUCUUACUAUGCCUGGUUUAGUGUUGGAAGAAGAAUUGGCAGAUGCACUACAAGAGGUGGCUGUGAAAUACCUCGGCGUGAGUUCAGCAGGUAGUCGUGGUGUCGUGCGCGCGGAACAUGUGAGCAGGGAUGAGGCCGGUUUGAGAGAACUGCUCCGUACAGGAUACCUCAGGGCAGCUGUCAAUCUUACUGCUACAUUGUUAGCCGCUGCCGGACAAGGUGUAGGUCGUAUGCAUCGGCCAACAAAGCACACUCCCCGCUCGCUGCAGCUCUGGCUGACAAGGUUCGCAGUCAUGCUGCGCAUAAAACUGCACGAGCCACUGCUCAAAGAGGCUGAGCCCUUCGGUGAUCUCAGUAAACCAGAUAUGUUUUAUCAGUUCUAUCCUGAGGCAUACGAGAAUCGAACUGGUUCUUUAGUACCUUUUUCCUUGCGGCUGCUAAUCGCUGAGUUGCCAGGACACGUUGGUAAACCGGAGGAGGCAGCUGAUCGACUAUAUGUUAUGUUGGAUAUUAUACAACGGAUGCUAUCAAAUCUACAGCAAGGGAAGACUGAAGAUGGUUCAGGAACUAUAACAGAACCGGAUAAAUUGGAGUCAAUCAGAUUGUGGACAGGCAGACAGACCAGAGUGUUGCAUUCUAUAGUUAAUUGUGCUAUUGCUCUAAAGGACUAUCGUUUAGCUAGUAAGAUAUUAGUAUCACUUGAAAAGCAAGCUUCAUCACCGGCGCAGAAGAGGGCGCUGUCGAGCGCACUCUGCCGCUUGUGGCUUUUAGCUGGACAUUUGAAGGCAGCUAUGUUACAUCUAGAAGAUGCUAGGGAGACGAGACAUCAUCUAUGCCCAACACCAGAUGUCAGGGAAUACGUUGACUUAGGUUUAAUUGAUAUUGCGUACGGAAAAUACCAAGAUGCAUAUAAUAAUUUCGCGAGAGCUGCAGAACAGGAACCAACUAAUAUAAUGGUGGCCAACAAUUUAUCCGUCUGUCUUCUCUACAUGGGUCGUUUAAAGGAAGCGAUCGCGGUACUCCAGAAAGCUAUCAACUCUGACCCUGAGAGAGGUCUAAACGAGAGCCUUUUGAUAAACCUGUGCACACUUUACGAACUAGAAUCUUCCAAGACCAAUGAGAAAAAACUAAAUCUUCUAAGAAUGUUGUGCAAACACAAAAGUGAUACUAUACCUAAUGUAUUAGAAUGCUUGAAGCUUACUUAAGUUCUUUUUACGCAGCAUACAUUGUAAUACAAAACUUAAAAUAACAAUAUUUUUAAUUAAACACUUC